AUGAGGGUGAACGCAUACAGGCGGCAAAGCAAAUACAGCGUCUCUACCGCAACAAGCGGAAAACAGCCGUGCAGAAUCCUGGCAGGGGACAACAACAUCUGCAAUAUUGAUCAGCGCACGGUGGAAAACCACUUCCAGCGGCUUGCAGCGCCCAGGGACGGGGAGGAGAAUUGGCCCCCGGUACUCGUGCAGGCGGACCUGAUGCCGGAGUGCGGCGAUCGACUGUGUGCACUGUUUACGGAGAGAGAAAUCACCGAUUGCCUCAAGGGCCGGACGGACACCUCGGCCGGACCGGAUAGGAUCAAAUACUUCGAUCUUCGGAAGGCUGAGCCCGGGAGCAGAAUUAAAAACUGGAGGCCGAUCUCUCUGCUUCACACGCUACCGAAGCUCUUCGCUGCGAUUCUGUCGAGCAGGCUGAAGACUUGGGGCACGGCCAACGGCAGAUUUAGCAGCUCACAGAAGGGGUUCCUUAGCUUCGAGGGCUGCUUCGUGCUACAAGAUGCGAUCCGAGAUGUUAGGCGCCGAGGCGGAGAGCUGGUCGUGGCGUGGCGGGUGCUGGAGGGCCACGGACUUUCACUUAGAGUGAGAAACGUCAUCGCCUCACUAUACUCUAACAUGACCACCAGUGUUAGAUUGGCAAGUGGCAGCACAGCGCCCAUACACAUCGAGUCGGUGGUGAGACAGGGCUGCCUCCUUAACCCCGACAUAUUCAAUCUCACCAUUGAGGUAUUAUUGAGGGGACUGGCGGGUUUUGACGAGGGCUAUGUGCUCGAGGGUAGGCCUGUUUUAUGCCGACGAUGGAGCGCUGCUGGCGGAAUCUCAAGAGGGCAUGAGACGACUACUGGAGGCUGCGGAGUUGGGCGCGCGAGCGGUGGGAAUUGA